AUGGACUUAGACCUUGUGCUCAGGACAGAGCGUCCCACUGCUACUACGAAAAAUCUGAACACGGAUAAAAUUGAGAAAUGGGACCGCUCUAACCGCAUGAGUCUAAUGAUCAUGAAACGCUCCAUUCCGGAGGCGUUUCGGGGCUCUAUUACUGAGAGCACUAAUGCCAAGAAAUUUCUCAAAGAACUUGAGCAAUAUUUUGCCAAGAAUGAAAAGUCAGAAACGAGUAACCUUCUGAAUAAACUCAUUUUCAUGAGGUAUAAAGCAAAUGGAAACAUAAGGGAGUACAUUAUGGAGAUGUCUAACAUCGCUGAGAAACUAAAGGCACUGACAUUAGAGCUGUCUGAGGAUUUGCUUGUGCAUUUAGUUCUCAUAUUUCUUCCUACACAAUACAGUCAAUUUAAGGUGGGCUAUAACAUCCAAAAGGAAAAAUGGACUGUUAAUGAGCUCAUAUCAUAUUGUGUGCAAGAAGAGGAAAGGCUUCAGCGAGAUAAGACUGAAAGUGCUCACUUGGCAUCAACCUCCCAGAAUAAGAACAAAAGGAGAGCUAUGGAUACUGCAAAAUGA